AUGUAUGGCGACCGGUGGGAGACGACCAGAUCUAAGGUUGCGCAGGACGUUUUUGACGUGGACCACGGCGACGCUUGCCCAACUCGACAUGAAGGCUGUCUCAAACUUUGCUCUUACAAGGCGAUAACAGUGCCGGCAAACACUAACCUGCGCGCCAUUCUCGGAGCUGCAGAGCAGAAAAUGUUCCGUCGCGUAGGUGAUGUUGGUUUGGCUGUGCAAGCGUGUGUCAUCUAUCUCGUCGAUUCUCACGAGAUCCUGUCACCUCGUCUGGCCAUUCUUCGCCUCCGCGAUCUGCGCCAAAAACUCAUCUGCAUCAUCAACUGUUACUCACCAACAUUAGCAGCUGAAUCCAAAUUGGAAUCGUUUUAUAAAGAGCUGGAUGAAACGAUCAGCAAUGAGAAAUCCUUUUACAAAUUUGCUAUCGGAGACUUCAACGCAAUAAUAGAUAAGGCCACAGAUGAGGAAUACGGGAUGGGAAGGCUGGAGUGGGAGACCGGAAUGAAAACGGCAAUCGUCUUGCCGGGAAGUUGUCCGUCACUCUCCUCUUUCAUGGAAGAUCUUUCGAAAUACAGGCAGAAGAAAAUUCUGGAAGCAGCACAAAGAAGAACGAGUCUAAGGAGGUACCGCAGGGAUCUUCGCGAACAUAAUAUUCCGCUAGCAGCCUUGCUGAGCGAAGACGGGACUCGCACGUCUUCUCGUCGUGAGAUGAAAAUCAUUACGGAGAGGUUCUACGCGAACCUUCUCCGUUCAUCAACUCCCGUGCCAAGCCCGAUCAUCCCCACUGGUGAAACUCCAUCUCUUUUCGAAUCUCCUUUCCGAAACCAGUCAGGUGCUAAUUUAUCGACUCCUUUGGAACUACCAUUCGAUAUGCUUGUUGAGCGUGUCAUGCAAAAUGUUUACCAGGAUCAUCUUCGUGCUGAAGUACUGCCAGCGUUCGCCGAUGAUGAUGCGGACGCGUCCUAUGUGAGGACAUUGGCCAAUCGCUACUAUCGAUGCACCACAGCUUUUCCACCGCCCCGUUACCAUGCUUGUUAG